AUGGUGGGACUCGCUUACGAUUGCCUACUAAAUCCACAGGGAGCUGUCCGAACGACAUUUCAAAAUGAGAUUUCUAAAGCCUCUGAUCUAGCCGCCUUCGACGGCAAGGACUGUGCCAUUGAUCUGUUCAGGAAGUUUCUCUAUGACGAUGGCGGCCUUUCUCAGGUUCCAAUUCUGAAUCCUGCAUCUAUAGUACGACUGAAAUCCAAUACUCUUGUUCGAUUUCGGGGAAUGAUUCAAGAUAUGCUGGGAAAUGAAUUGUAUGUUGGCAUGUACAAGGAUGGAGAAACUUGGAGAAAGAAUAAGUUUGGUGACUUCUUUCAAUUCCGUAGGGCUACGGGAUCUUCACCUGACAUGCGAGUGUGGGAGCGGCGAUUACUUUACUGUAUUCCUGUUCCAGGGCAGAAUUCAUGGAUUGAAUAUUCCUCUGAAACCCUGCCCAAUCCAAGUUCAGAAUCCUCGUCUCCACAAAGGGAGAAACGCCAUAAGGAGGAUGAUACAACAAUAAAUGAUGCAAGGGACACUCCAACUGCUGACGUUGGUUCAGCUACGAGUGUGCUUCCAUAUUUUGACAGAACUUCUUUGCCAUUUCUUGUGAAGAUAUACGACUCUCCUGAAUCUGGUUUGAAGCUAAGUGAUGUUUUUGAGUUCAUUGGUGUCGUAACAUUUGAUUCAGAGUUUUCUGUAGACAAAAAUAUUGACGAUGAUUUUUUGGGCUAUUUGGGUGAUGAUGAUACACAGACUCAGAUGCCUCCAAGCAAGGUACCUCGACUCCACUGCCUUAUUCACAAGAAGCUUUCCAAUCAAGACUUUAUUUCAGGUUCUCCCACACUUGAGCUUAAUUCCCACCUGGUGAAAGAAAUAAGGAAAACUCUAUUAAGGCAUCUCACGACUAUUCUAGGAAAUGAUGGCGUUGCAGCUAAUCUCAUUUUAUUGCAUCUCUUGUCUAAGGUGUAUGCUAGAGUGGAUUCAACUGCCGUUGGAAAGCUUUCAUUGAACCUAACAUGUUUUAACAAGGAGACCCUGUCUGUUUAUGGUCAUCAUCUUAAUCUUGCACUCAAGAACCUUCUACCUUUCACACAAUGUGUACCUUUAACUACCUUAAAAAAAAUUCCUCUUGCCCCAAUUUUUUUUUAUCAAACUAAUAGGCUGGCAUCAAGGUUACUGCAACUUGCUGAAGGCUCUCAUUUAACUAUUGAUGAGACUCAAUUACAAGAAGGGAGACUUAAUCCUAUUGGGCUUGAGAAUGCUAGAGUCCUGCAAAGCUUGUUAGAACGGCAAAAGGUUGAAUAUGACUUCACUUAUUAUAAAAUAGACAUGCCUGCGGACAUUCAGUUGCUAGUUCUUUCUGAGGGAAAAUCCAAUAUACUCCCAGCAGAUUUGGUUUUACCAUUUCGUCCAUUAUCAGUAAAUGUUGCUCAAGUUAUUGAGAUAGAAGUUCUGCAAUCUUGGAGAUGGUACCUGGCUACUAUGAGAUUAUUGUCUCACUCUAUUACGCAAGAGAUGCAGAAGGUGGUAAAAGAUGACUUAGUAGCGGCUAGGCAGGCUGAUAGAAGCUUAGGUAGCGUAGAUUUCAGCAGGUUUCUGACAAUGGGUCGUCUUGUAUCUCUAAGUUUUGGUGAAACCACUUUAACACUCGAACAUUGGCAAAUGGCCAAAGAAUUAGAGCGCCUUCAAAAGGAGAGAUUAUAGGGCAGUUUGUAAAGUAGUUUCUUCACUUUGUAUAAAAGAUGAUGUGCCUAAUCUUGCAAGUUUUGCUGGUAGAGUAGUGAACUGUUGUUCUGCUAAGCAGUUCUCUAAUAUUAUGUAUUCGUAUCAAUAUAAA